GACAUCACCAAGACUCUUGAGGACAUUGGGGUUUGCUAGAUACUACUUGUUACAAGAUUUGCGUAACAAUACAUAUCUUGCUAUAGGUGGUUAUAUGCCGGGUGUCUCUGAAAUACUGCACCUGCGGAAACCUUCAGGUGUUUCCAAAACCACCUACGUGUAACAGGGAGCUUUAAUUCUGAAACCCGGAUCUAACAUCCUACUCGAGUAUUCAACAAUUGCAGUCACCACUAGAAAUAAAACCUGCUUAGCUAAAACUACAGUGAGAUUUCUGGAAAGGCUGACCAAUGGUCAAGACAAAAACUUAGGUAGUCUUCCACGGAUAAUAAAAUUGUUCCUAACAAGUUUUACCAACAAUGUUGAUGCAGUGGCUAGUAAACACGACUCACUGGAGGAAGAGGAAAAAGAAACUGGAAAUGAAUAUUCUUUCUCCUCAACUGCCUAGGCAUUAUGGAAGAGUACUUUUCCAAAGAUGGGGCAGUCCGAAGAAACACGUAAACAAUCUUCCAGAUUAAAAAGUUGCCAUAAAUGCACAUGGUGGAAGACUGGCAACAAGCAGGGUUGAAUUCCAGGACUCCCAGCAGCCCGGCUGGCUUGGUCCCGAGGAUUUCCCUGAAACAGCCCCUCGCAAGCAGAGAACAAAGCAGCAGCAGCAGCGGAGCAGUACAUCCACCGCCGGGGACGAGGACGGCUCCGGUAACUGCGGGCAGAGGCGCAGCCCCGGGCGAGCCGAGCGCAGCCGAAGGUGAUAAACAGAGAAGUGGACCAUGACAACCUUCCUGGAAUUUAUCCAGCAGAAUGAGGACAGAGAUGGAGUUAGAUUCAGCUGGAAUGUUUGGCCUUCAAGUCGUCUUGAAGCCACAAGAAUGGUAGUCCCGGUGGCUGCCCUCUUCACACCACUGAAGGAACGGCCAGACUUGCCUCCUAUUCAGUAUGAGCCAGUUUUGUGCAGUAGGACCACGUGUCGAGCUGUUCUGAAUCCCUUAUGCCAAGUGGAUUAUCGAGCAAAACUCUGGGCUUGCAACUUCUGUUAUCAGAGAAAUCAGUUUCCUCCUACCUAUGCUGGCAUAUCUGAAAUGAAUCAGCCAGCUGAACUUUUGCCUCAGUUCUCCAGCAUUGAAUAUGUAGUACAGCGUGGUCCUCAGAUGCCUUUGAUAUUUCUUUAUGUUGUGGACACAUGCAUGGAAGAUGAAGACUUGCAAGCUCUGAAGGAAUCCAUGCAAAUGUCACUUAGUCUCCUGCCACCAACCGCAUUAGUAGGUCUCAUUACCUUUGGCCGAAUGGUGCAAGUUCAUGAGCUUGGCUGUGAAGGAAUUUCCAAAAGUUAUGUCUUCAGAGGAACAAAGGACCUAUCUGCAAAACAGCUUCAGGAAAUGCUAGGGCUUACAAAAGUAGCUGUUUCACAAGUCGGUCGGGGUCCUCAAGUGCAGCAGCCACCACCUUCUAACAGAUUUUUGCAGCCAGUGCAGAAAAUUGAUAUGAAUCUUACUGAUCUUUUGGGUGAACUGCAACGGGAUCCUUGGCCUGUUCCACAAGGAAAACGGCCCUUACGUUCUUCCGGAGUGGCUCUUUCUAUAGCUGUAGGGCUCCUUGAGUGCACUUUUCCUAAUACCGGUGCACGUAUAAUGAUGUUCAUUGGAGGACCAGCUACGCAAGGACCUGGCAUGGUUGUAGGGGAUGAAUUGAAGUUACCUAUAAGAUCAUGGCACGACAUUGAAAAAGACAAUGCUAAAUAUGUUAAAAAGGGUACUAAGCAUUUUGAAGCCCUGGCUAAUCGGGCUGCAACAAAUGGUCAUGUUAUUGACAUAUAUGCGUGUGCAUUGGAUCAGACUGGUCUUCUGGAGAUGAAGUGUUGUCCCAACUACACUGGGGGCUACAUGGUAAUGGGAGACUCUUUCAAUACAUCUUUAUUCAAGCAAACCUUUCAGAGAGUAUUCACGAAAGAUAUGCAAGGACAAUUUAAAAUGGGAUUUGGUGGCACAUUAGAAAUAAAGACUUCAAGAGAAGUAAAGAUUUCUGGAGCAAUUGGACCCUGUGUCUCUCUCAACUCUAAAGGACCUUGUGUCUCAGAAAAUGAGAUUGGAACAGGAGGUACUUGUCAGUGGAAGAUUUGUGGACUUAAUCCUACUACAACACUUGCACUGUACUUUGAGGUGGUCAACCAGCACAACGCUCCCAUUCCUCAAGGAGGACGUGGUGCAAUCCAGUUUGUGACUCAGUACCAGCAUUCCAGUGGACAGAGACGUAUCAGAGUGACCACAGUUGCCAGAAACUGGGCAGAUGCACAGACGCAGAUUCAAAACAUUGCUGCAUCUUUUGACCAGGAAGCUGCUGCAAUUCUCAUGGCUAGAUUGGCAGUGUAUAGGGCGGAGACAGAAGAGGGGCCUGAUGUGCUUAGGUGGCUGGACAGACAACUUAUACGACUGUGUCAGAAAUUUGGAGAAUAUCACAAGGACGAUCCAAGCUCUUUCAGAUUUUCAGAAACCUUUUCACUUUACCCACAGUUUAUGUUUCACUUGAGAAGAUCUCCUUUCUUACAAGUUUUUAACAACAGUCCAGAUGAGAGCUCAUAUUAUCGUCAUCAUUUUAUGCGUCAAGAUCUAACCCAGUCGCUUAUCAUGGUUCAGCCGAUUCUUUAUGCUUACUCUUUCAAUGGACCUCCAGAGCCUGUUCUUUUGGAUAGCAGCAGCAUUUUACCAGAUCGCAUUCUCCUUAUGGACACCUUUUUCCAGAUCCUUAUUUAUCAUGGAGAGACCAUAGCUCAGUGGCGUAAAUCGGGUUACCAAGAUAUGCCGGAAUAUGAAAAUUUUCACCACUUGCUACAAGCUCCAAUAGAUGAUGCCCAAGAAAUUCUCCAUUCCAGAUUUCCAAUGCCCAGAUACAUUGAUACAGAGCAUGGAGGAAGCCAGGCUCGUUUCCUGCUUUCAAAAGUAAAUCCCUCUCAGACUCAUAACAAUAUGUAUGCAUGGGGACAGGAGUCUGGAGCACCCAUUCUUACUGAUGAUGUCAGCUUGCAAGUAUUUAUGGAUCAUCUGAAGAAACUUGCUGUCUCUAGUGCUGCCUGAGAUUCUGCAGUGCGUUAAAGGCACAGAUAAGCUGUAGCCGUAUUUCAGCGUUUUCUCCUUUACCCUUGUCCAUGUCUCUCUUGACAGAAUGCUCUGAUAUGCACAAGUUGCCUGACUAGAUGUAAAGCAGUGUUGUUUUCAAAGAAAAGCUUUUGUUAUCAGUAAAUGUUUUAAUGUGAACUGCAGUUUGUAAAAAUGACAGGUAGUAGAUUAAAUUAAGUUAUAAUUAGAGGAAAAAGAACAGUCAUUUUGAUUACUGUGAUACUAUAAUUACUUUGAGAUCAUUUAUAACAACUUUGAGAUGUGAUUUCAGUUUCCUUUUUAAAUGGUUGAGGUUGAUUCUGCUCUGCACUACAAAGGCACGUUGAACAAUAAAGGAAAUCUUUGCUGAUGUCGGGCUUUCCAGACUGCCAUAUGACUAGUUUUGCUUACUCAAUUUGAGCAGAAAGUGAACAAAGCAGCAGCAAAAAGCAUAUAAAAAUAGUAUUAACUCGGUCUUUUGACUUAGGCUGCCGAACUUUUCUUUUCCUGCAGAGAUACUAUUGUUCAUGUAUUGUUCAUUUUGGGAGUAUUUAAUUUUAAAUAUUUCUUCCCACUUACCCUACUUGAUUCUUUGGGAACAGAGUUUUUCUUUAUUUCCACAUAAAAAAUUUGAACUGAAAAAGUAAAAAGUCUGUUAUUGCACAAAAGUUAAAUCCACAUGUUGUAUUUUUGACAAAAGUAUCUAUUAUCAAACACAGUAACAGAUGGAUAUGCUCAAAAGUUAACACUUUUAGCUCCAGCUAAGAAGAAAUCCUACACUACCAAAAUGAACUAAGAGUACAGCCUUGAUUUUUAUCUUGGCAAGUAUACUUUAAAAAAAAUAAAUAUAUAUUUACCUUUUUUUAUUAUUGCCUUAUGUUAUUACACUAAUGCAUGACACUGCACAUCUGCUUUUUGUUUCUGCAUCCUUUUUGUUAUGAAUUCAACAGGCUAUAGUUCUUGUUGAAACAGUAUUAUAUAGAAUAUGAUGUAAUUAAUUUGAUAUUUAGUUCAUGCUUGAUUUUUUGGGGGUGAAUAAAUUAAUAGGCUUUCCCAUCUACUUGUUGAAGUUUACACAUAAAACAGAUGUUUACAUGGGUAAUAUGACACUUUGACAAAUAUAGAUGUGAAGUGUGGUAGUGGGCAAUAAAAAAUUGUGCCAAGUCUAAAGGAAGAGAGAGAGUUUUGACUUACGGAAUUCAAUCAUAUACUGGUGUGAUAAGCAUGAGGGCUUUUUCUGUUUUCUGUAAAUUCUCAAAACUUUAUUAAAUCAACUGCUCUCCGUUUCUUUGAUCUAAAUGAGAUGAGCUCUUUUUGCCUCAAUACAAAUAAAAUACAUGUUUUUCUCUCAUUUUCUGUAUUUAUUGUGCUGGUUUCUGUUGAUGCUUGAAAUGAAAUGUGGAAAUAAAGGUAGUAAUGAUAAAA